GGGGGGGCCGGUGGAUUGGGGGGGACGGGGUGGCUGAGGUGGACAGUCUGGUAGCUGGGAGUCCCCUUCUCCCGCAGGAAGCUGGGAAUAUAAUGUUUGUUAAGCUGGAAGGGAAACAGAAGGUCGGACGCAGAAGGGAGGGCGGCCCGCCCUGCGGCAACCGGAGGGGAGGGAGGAAGGAGCGGAAAAAGCACGAAACCGGACCGAGCAUUGCUCCCGCAUAGGGAGGAGUGCUUCCGGCUUACCUCUUGCCGCUGAUUGGCCGCUUCUUCUCCCGCCGUGUGCGAAAACACAAAUGGCGUGUUGUGGUUGGAGUAAAGUCUUGUCAAUUACAGCUUCGGGAGCGCGCAAUCGCCUAGGGACUCUCGCAUUGCCCCCUGGGUGGGGUGGGUAGGUAGGUGGGAUGGGGAGAGCUGGACGUGCGGGCGCGGUCGGCCUCCCGCGGGAGUUGGGGGAGGGAAGGGUAGGGUCAGUGAAAGUGGCUCCCGCGCGCGCGCGUCCUCCCACCCUCCCCUUCCUUUGGGGAGUCAGUUUACCCGCCGCCUGCUCGGCCUUGGCAUAUGAUUGGCUGCUGGAACUCGAGGAACGGCCCCUUGCUAUUGGCUCGGGUCCCAAAUGAGCGAAACCACUGCACUGGGCGGCGGGGGUGGUGCGGAGGCGGUCAUUGGUACGGUCCUCCCCGAGGCCCAGCGCCGCAGUGUCUGGCCAGACGCCCCUGCGCAACGUGGCAGGAAGCGCGCGUUGGAGGCGGGAGCAGGCCGCCCGGCCGAGGCUUCUGGGUGACGGAGACCACCCGGGGCGCCCGCCGCCUGAAGGACGAGAAAAGCCCGACCUACUCCCGGGACCCGUGGAGCCUGGAAAACAGCAGCUUAGAGAAGAAAAACUUGUCCAAGUGGUGGAAAGAAGCACCCAAAAAAAGAGAGAAAGACAAAGGAGAAGAUGGAGAGCUACUUCUUAGACUUUUGAGAAGUAGAAAAUUUCAGGAUCAUUCCUGGGUUGCUACCUACAAAUAUUUGCCUACACGUCAGGCUCUGGGGUCCAUGAAAGAAGCCCUGAUGGCACAGUGGUUAAAGCGCUGGGCUACUAACCAAAAGGUCGGCCGUUGGAACACACCAGCAGCUCAGCGGGAGAAAGAUGUGGCAGUCGGCUUCCUAAAGAUUUACAACCUUGGGAACAUGCGACAGCUCUACCAUGUCCUACCCGGUCGCUGUGAGUCGGAAUCAACUCAAAGCAGUGGGUUUGGUUUUGGGUUGGAGUUUCAGGCGAGGCCUGGGAACUAAUGUUGGGUUCGAAACAUCGACCUUUCGGUUAGCAUCAGAGUGCUUAACCAGUAAGCCACCAGGGCUCCCCGAAACUAAGUCAUAUUAAAUGCAUCUGAACACAGGUUGGGGGCUGGGGGCAGAGAAGUGGAAAUCAAUAGCUUUCAACAUAUUUUCAGAACGGUUGUGACCACCAAACAAAUGAGGCAGGCCAAAGAAUACCUGUAUAUGCAUUGUUUUCAAAACUCAAUUCCUGCCCUUAAGGAGCUCACAAUCGCUGUGAAUACAAAUUCAGCUGAGGCCUUACAUGUCCUGGCCAAGGUCACAGAGCCAAUCAGCACCGAGCAUGGAAGAGAAUCCACCCCCUGACUCCCACCCUCGGGGCCCGCGGUCACGGGAAUCUCGGGGAGUGGGUGAGGGCCGAGGCGGCAGCGAAAAAGGAUCCGUGUGGGACCGAAUGAGGUCCAGGGCCGCGUCCAGCCUUCGCAACAGCACUGUGGUCCGUGCCCCGCCGCAAGGCGAAGGCCGCCUCUCCGGGAGCGCCCGGAUCCGCCCCUACCUUCCCCUGUGGCCGAAGGGCAUACGCCGCCACACCCGGCCACUCCCAACCACCGCCCGGUUACCGGCUGCAGCUCAGACCAUUCCGGCCCCGGCACCCCGCCAGCCCAGCGCGCUCAGGUCACGCCGCCGGAAACCGCUUCGCCAUCUCCGGAAACGGAAGUCAGGCCGCGCGGUCACGCUACCUCAGCGCUAGGGGCGGGCGUCGGGACAGGGUUGAGGAGAGGAGCAUGCGCACAAGACUUUCUGUGGCGUGCCAGCGAUUGCGGCUUGUGUGUCCCCAUGUACCAGACAGGGUAAUCUGCAAGCUGAGUCUGGGCACGGUAUGCUGUAUGAUAGGUAACAUUUAUAGAGCGCUUAGGCUGUGCCACGCACUAAGUGCUGCGUGGCGACAUUCCGUUUGUUCCUCCCUACAAAUCUAUGAAGUGGCACCGUUUUAACCCGGAAAAACUGAGUGUCAAAGGGGUUGUAAAUAUCUUGCCCAAAAUGUCACGCACAGCAUUUUAGAGGCAGAGCUGGAAUUUGAAGCUAGGUGGUGUGAUUCUCCAAUCCUUGCUUUUAACCCUGAGCCAGAAUCGCUCAAACUUGGCCAUGGUUAUGCACAUAGUGCCUUCAUUGUUUUUGCCAAAUUGCGUUAUUGUUUAUUUAAUACUUUUCUUUGGAUUGUUUCAACUUAGAAAAUUUUAUUUUAAAAGGAAACUACUACAACUCAACAACAAAGAUACAACCGAAUUUUAAAAAAUGGGCAAUGGACUUGAUGAAUCUCCAAAGAUACACAAAUGACCAAUAAGCACCUGAAGAGAUGCCUAACAUCAUUACUCAUUAGGGAAAUGCAGAUCAAAACCACAAUGAUAACACUUUACACCCACUAGGAUGGCUGUGACAAAAAAAGAUGGAUAAUAAGUGUUGGCUAGAAUAUGGCAUUCAACCAAUUCAAGAGGUAGCAUAUGAUCAGGAACUGAUGGUGCUAUAGGAAGAAGUCCAAGCUGCACUGAAGGCAUUGGCGAAAAACAAGGCUCCAGAAAUUGACGGAAUAUCAACUGAGAUGUUUCAGCAAAUGGAUACAGCGCUGCACGUGCUUGCCGGUCUAUGCCAAGAAAUUUGGAAGACAGCUACCUGGCCAACUGACUGGAAGAGGUGCAUAUUUAUGCCUAUUCUUAAGAAUGUUUAUCCAACCAAAUGUGGAAAUUAUUGAACAAUAUCAUUAAUACCACAGGCAAGUAAAAUUUUGCCGAAGAUCAUUCAAGAGUGGCUGCACCAGUAUAUCAACAGGGAACUGUGAAAAAUUCAGGCUGGAUUCAGAAGAGGACAUGGAACCAGGGAUAUAGUUGCUGAUGUCAGGUGGGUCCUGGUUGAAAGCAAAGAAUACUAGAAAGAUGUUUACCUAUUUUUUAAUAUAAUUUUUAUUGUGCUUUAAGUGAAAGUUUAUAAAUCAAGUCAGUGUCUCACACAAAAACUUAUAUAUACCUUGCUACAUACUCCCAAUUACUCCCCCCAAUGAAACAGCCCACUCCCUCCCUCCACUCUCUCUUUUCCUGUCCAUUUCACCAGCUUCUAAUCCCCUCUACUCAUCUCCCCUCCAGGCAGGAGAUGCCAACAUAGUCUCAACUGUCCACCUGAUUGAAGAAGCUCACUUAACCCAUUGUCCAGUCCAAUCCAUGUCUGAAGAGUUGAAUUCGGGAAUGGUUCCUGUCCUGGGCCCACAGAAGGCCUGGGGGCCAUAACCACUGGGGUCCUUCUAGUCUCAGACCAUUAAGUCUGGUCUUUUUAUGAGAAUUUGGGGUCUGCAUUGUUUACCGAUGUUUUAUCGGGUAUGCAGAGACAUUUGAGCAUGUGGAUCGUAAUAAAUUGUGAAUAACAUUGUGAAGAAUGGGAAUUCCACAACACUUAAUUGUGCUCAUGAGGAACCUUAUACAUAGAUCAAGAGGCAAUCGUUUGGACAGAGCAGGAGGAUACUGCAUGGUUUAAAGUCAGGAAAGGUGUGCAUUAGAGCUGUAUCCUUUCACCAUACCUAUUCAAUCUGUGUGCUAAGCAAAUAAUCCGAGAAGCUGGAGUAUAUGAAGAAGAACGGGGCAUCAGGAUUGGAGGAAGACUCAUUAACAACCUGCGUUACAUGGAUGAUACAACCUUUGCUUGCUGAAAGUGAAGAGGACUUCAUGCACUUACUAAUGAAGAUCAAAGACCACAGCCUUCAGUAUGGAUUACACCUCAACAUAAAGAAAAACACCCUCACAAAUGGACCGAUAAGCAACAUUGUGAUAAACAGAAAAGAUUGAAGUUGUCAAGGAUUUCAUUGUACUUGGAUCCACAAUCAACACCCGUGGAAGCAGCAGUCAAGAAAUCAAAAGACACAUUGCAUCAGGCAAAUCUGCUGCAAAAGACCUCUUUAAAAGUGUUGAAAAGCAAAGAUGUCACCUUGAAGAUUAAGGUGCGCCCGACCCAAGCCAUGGUGUUUUCAAUCGCAUCGCAUGUGUAAACUGGACAAUGAAUAAGGAAGACCGAAGAAUUGAUGCCUCCAAAUUGUGGCGUUGGGAAAGAAUAUUGAGUAUACCAUGGACUGUCAAAAGAAUGAACAAAUUUAUCUUGGAAAAAGUACAACCAGAAUGCUCCUUAGAAGCAAGGAUGGCAAGACUGCAUCUUACAUACUUUGGACAUGUCAGGAAGGAUUAGUCCCUGGAGAAGGACAUCAUGCGUGGUAAAGUAGAGGGUCAGUGAAAAAGAGGAGGACCCUUAAUGAGAUGGAUUAACACAGUGGCUGCCACAGUGGGCUCAAGCAUAACAACGAUUGUGAGCAGGACACAGGACUGGGCAGUGUUCGUUUUGUGGUACAUAGGGUCACUAUGCGUUGGAACCAACUCGAUGGCACCUAACAGUCAGCAGGAACGGAACCCUCAUACGUUGCUGGUGGGCAUGUAAGAUGGUGCAGUCACUGUGGAAAACAGUUUGAUCAUUGCUUAAAAAGUUAAACACAGAAUUACCAUAAAACUCAGCAAUUCUACCCCAAGUGAAUUGGAAGCAGGUGUUUAAACAAAAACUCGUACACAAAUAUUCAUAGCAACAUUAUUCAUAAUAGCCAAAAAGUGGUUACAACCCAAAUGUCCAUGUCAACAGAUGAAUGCAUAAACAAAUUUGGUAUAUCCCUGCAAUGGAAUAUUAUUAGGCCAUAAAAAGAAAUGAAGUCCUAGUGCAUGCUACAACAUGGGUGAAGCUUGAAAACAGUAUGCUAAAUGAAAGAAGCCAGACACAAAAGGCCACGUAAUUGUGUGAUUCCAUUUAUACGAAAUAGCCAGAAUAGACAAAUUCAGAAAGCCGAUUAGUGGUUGUCGGGGGCUGUGGGGAUGGGGAAUAGGGAGUGACUACUUAAUAGGUAUGGGUUUCCUUCUGGGGGUGAUAAAAAUGUUCUGGGAUUAGACAGUGGUAACAGAAACCCUGGUGGUGUAGUGGUAUAGUGGUUAAAUGCUACGGCUGCUAACCAAAGGGUGGACAGUUGAAAUCCAUCAGGCGCUCCUUGGAAAUUCUAUGGGGCAGAUCUACUCUGUCGUACAGGGUCGCUAUGAGUCAGAAUUGACUCGACGGGACUGGGUUUGGUUUUUUUUGUUUUUAAUGGUUACACAACAUUGUGAGUAUAUUAAAAAUAUUCUUUAAAACAUUUAAAGUAGUGAAUUUUAUCCAAAUUUUUUUAAAAAGGAAACUUUGGUCAUCAUGAAAACUCAUCUGCAAGUUCCUCAUCUGCGAAAUGAUACUUCCUUUUGGAACUUUUUUUUUUUUAAUAACAAGUAUUGUGGAGAAAAACUAAGCAAGUGUGGGAAUUGGAGCAUGCUAAAGGGAUGGAGGGGAGUGCCUGUUUUAUAUAGGUUGGUUGGGAAAGGCCUUUUGUAUAAGACGACAAAGCAGCACCUGAAGGACAUGAGGGGCAAAUCAUCUGGACAUCUGGGAGAAGAGCAUUCCAGGCUGAGGGGGCAGCGAGUGCAUAAGCCCUCAGGCAGGGUCAUGCUCCCAGGUUCUAGUACUAGCCAAGUGGCUGGGAAGAGUGAGUGAAGGGGAGAGAGGGAGAAGAUGAGAUGGGAAAGGGGGUGGAACAUAUAGGCCAAUGUUUUACGAACUAUUCACCAUGACUUACAUUUAGAAAAAAUCACUGUGGCUGCUGUGUGGAGAAUGUAGGCAGGGAUGGGAACAGUGGGCAUCUAUUUCAGUGGUCCAAGUGAAAGGUCAUGAUGGCUCCAACUAGGACGUUAGGGGUGAGUGUGGUGAGAAUUAUCAGGUCCUCAUGUAUUUUGAAGGAUAAACUGUCAUUGCUGGUGGAUUAGAUGUGGGGUUUGAGAAGAAAAAGACCGGGAAGUUUAAAGAUCAGAUGUAGCAGACUUGCUGGUCGUGAGUAACCCUAUUCUGUGAUGAAUGCAUGUUAAAGAACUUGGGCUUGAACGCCACAAAGGAAAUAAAAAUGGACGUACUUGUUCCUUAGGGUUUUGGUUUAUUGCAAAGACUAGUAGUAUUUUCGCUUAUGUCAGAAAGAUCCUGGUGAUCUGCUAUGAAAAUAUUGACUAAAAUGGAUCCCUGCUAGAAAAUGCCGGUUUUGGACAAUUAUGAUAUACAACGGAAAUUGAAGGCUGGUAACCGAAAGGUUGGAGGCUUGAGUCCACCCAGAGGUGCCUGGGAAGAAAGUCCUGGACAUCUACUUCUGAAAAAAUCAGCCACUGAAAACCGUACGGAGCACAGUUCUACUCUGACACACAGGAAAUUGGAAUUGACCCAACAGAAACUUUUUUUUUUUUUUAAAUUGUAGUUUCUAAGUGGCAGCAUGGCGCUGGGUUUGGGUUUUUGUUUUUUGUUUUUUUUAAGUGGCAGCAUAUUAAAGCGAUAUUAAAGUGACCCCUGAGUAAACUAGCAAAUGUUUAAGCUUGAUAAUUCAUAUCAGAUUAUGUUGUGUGUUGUUGAGUGCCAUUGAGUUGAUUCCAACUCAUAGCAACCCCAUGCGACAAAGUAGAACUGCCCCGUAGAGUUUUCCUGGCAAUAAUCUUUACGGAAGCAGAUUGCCAGGUCUUUCUCAUGUGAAGCUCCGGGGUGGGCUUGAACCAGUUAGCGACUAAAUGCUUAACCGUUGAGCCGCCAGGUCUCUUUAUAUCAGAUAUGAUGACGCCAAUUUGGAACUCAGUGGUAGUUAUUCCUGUUAACCCAGACAUCUGUUUUACCCUAAUGUCUGUCUAUUCUUGCCUAUUCUUAAAACAAGAUCGUGGUUAGAGAGGCAAACAGUAUAGCCACCUCCCCGGCUCCAGUCCCUUCCUGUCCUCCUCUACAGAGACAAGGAUUUUUUAACCACUUCUGCUUUUAGUUCAUAUGGUGAUUACUUCCAUGUUUCUAAAUAAUAUGCUUUUACUGCUAUUUCUUGCUUUUCAAACUUAGUAUUAUCUAUAUACUCUGUUAUGGUAGUUGGUUUAGCCUACUAACAUCGUCACCAUCCUAUUUUCCCCUUCUUUCUCUUCCCAUUAUGUCACAGCCUGAUAUGGUUUGUUCCUCUAUGUAAAAUUUACUUUUGUAAAUUUGAGUGGUAUAUUAAACAUCCUCUUUGUGUCCUGUCAAUUAUAGACAGCAUCUUUUGAUCCUCCACACUGUAAGCUGAGGACUUUAUUAGCGCUCCUGCCCUUUUCUCUACCUGUCUUCACUUCUUUCUACCUCCCAACCUGUUUUUUUAAAAAGAAGAUACCACUUGGCAGUUUGGAUUCCUGUGGGGAUAUAAUUGAAAGAAGAAAUGCCGUACGCCUCCUUCUCAACUCAUGGAGCUACUGAAAUUCUACUCCUCUAAAAAAACUUUUUGGGACCUCGUUAGGAAAUGAGAGCAGUUUCUCCAAUUCUACUAAUGAAAUGAUAGCCUAGGAGUCCACGAACCCUUAGCCCUACAGACCUUUGUCCAGUCUGGUGUGAACAACUGAGGGGAAAAGCAAUCAGCUUUGGCCAUGCCCUAAACUAAAAAAAAAAAAAAGAAACUAGGGGAGGUUUAUUUACUUUUCUCAUACCCUUUCAAGCUGAAGGCUGUAAAACUGCUUCAGUAAUGUAACCCGUGUGAGCUCUCCAAUGGGAUUAGUGACAUCACAGUGCAUUUUCAAGAGGGUAUACAUGAAUUUUAUUGUUCCCUCUAAUUCAUAUCGAUGAGCAAGUUGAUUUAAAAGCAACUCAUUCAUUUUGAAAGGAACUGUAUCUUUGCUGUAAAUGAGAUUACAAGGGGGAAGAAGGUAAUGAACUGGGGAAUGAAACAAUCCUGUCACCUAGUGGUCACUCAGGUUGAAACAGUGCAGUGCUUCCAAAAUACAGAAGAAUGUAAAAGGAACUGAGUUAUACAGGAAACAUAUCCAGCAAAUGUCCUGAACCUGGGAAACUUCCGUUCUGUCUCCCUUGCUAGAAAGGGAUGUUAGUGAGCUCUUUGUAAAUAGCCAAAGACAAAACAAGGCAUUAAUGGGAUUAGCCUCUCAAAGCCACUCUCCCUUUGUGCAAUCAGAAGAAUUAAAAGCAUUGACAAAGGGAGAACGUCGUAGGUAAACACGAACAGCUACCAGAUCUUGGGCACAAUGUGGCAGGAGUGAACUACUGAACUAAUGAACAGAUGAACAAGAGAGGGGCAGCUGUGGGCAUGAGCCCUCGGCAGUGGCCACUGCGACAGCACCAUGGGUCCAGAGGCAAAGCUGACUCAGAAGCAAGGUCAGCAGGGACAAAAUGAUGAUGAUAAAGUCACAAAGACUCAACAGCCCUGGAGACCAUGAGACUGAAGAUCUGCUUGAUUCAGGGUAAACUAAUCUGGACACUCUGGGAACAGCACUGAUAAUUAACAUGUGUGAAGAACUUACUAUAUCCAGGCAGUGCUUUAUCUGUAUUAUCUCACGACAGUUCUGUAGGGGUUAAUGUUGUUAUUAGACCUAUUAUACUGGUGAAGAAACUGACACUGCGUAACCAGUCCAAAGGCACAUAGUUAAUGAGCCUUACAGCCAGGAUUUGAACCCAGGCAGUUUGAGCUCAGAGUUCUAGCUCUUAACUAUUAUACUUUCCUACUUCCCUUAGAGAGGGGACAUGCGGGGUUCAACCACCUUAACUCUCUUGUUACUGUGUGCCAACGAGUCAAGUCUGACUCGCAGUGACCCUAAAAGAUGACCAUCAUAUUGAGGAUGACUGUGAAUUGGAGGAAUCCCUGGGUGGUGCAAAGGGCUAAGCGGCUGCUAAGUGAAAGUUUGAUGAUUUAAGCCCACCCAGAAUUGCCUUGAAAGAAAGAUCUGUCAAUCUACUUUAAAAAAAUCACCAUUGAAAACCCUAUGGGGCGCAGUUCUGCUCUGACACACGUAGGGCCACCAUGGGUCAGAAUUGACUCGACGGCAGCUGGUGGUGAAUUGGAAUUCUAAGACGGUUAAGGUCUAGUCCCAAAUCUGCCACCUACUUGUAGGAAGAUAUUUAAGCUUUCAGGCAGUGGCAUCACUAGGGGGGCUGGGAGAUGUGGACCACAAUGGAUGACACUAUCAGAGGGGGUGACACCAAAAUGACUGUGAAAAUAUCCCUGUAGUUAGUAGUAACAACAAAAACUUUUUUUUGUAAGCCCAGCUUACAUGUAUCGAUAUACCUACAAGGCUAAAACUCUACGCUAACUUACUUUUUGACCCUUCUAAGGCGCUCUGUUCAGAGCUGUCCUUAUUAGCUAAUUACAAUGAUGUUUCAAAUCACGUGGUUUCAUUUGCACUCGCUUCAAGCACACACUAUUGUUUUCAUUGCUGUUGGUGUUUUUAUAGUCGCUGACUUUGUCAAAUUUUCUGGUAUUUUAGCUACCAAAAAAAAAACCCCAAACCCAUUGCUGUUGAGUCGAUUCCGACUCAUAGUGACCCUAAAGGACAGAGUAGAACUGCCCCAUAUGGUUCUCAAGGAACACCUGGUGGAUUCAAACUGCUGACCUUUUGGUUAGCAACCAUAGCUCUUAACCACUACGCCACCAGGUUUAGCCACAGUAUUGUGAUAAUUAGUAUUUGUGAACCUGUAUCAAUAACUGUUUUGCAAAUGAAGUAGUAAUUAAAGGAAAAGGAGUGAUACACGGGAAUUAUGAUUUUCAAGUAACAUUAGUACAAUAAACAUCAUUACUAAGGAUUCUGUAUGGUCUGGUACGGGAGGAGGGCCACAGUGGGGGUGACACAUGAGUUACCGCACUGGGUGGAACCAACCCUAGUGACACCACUGCUUUCAGGGACUAAUUUUCCUUCUUUGUAAAACAGAGAUAAAAUGAUGACUAUCUUAUAGGUUGUUGUAUAGGCUAACUGAGAUCAUGUGCAGUUUCUGGCAUGGGGUAAAUGAGGUGAAUUGCCUGCAAAGAUGGUGGCCAACAAUUCUUCUUAUCCCUAUAAGUACCACCACUCCUCCCAACAAGAAGUGGAAUCUAUUUCCCCUUCAACCUGCCAUAGAAAAAAGCCAUAGAGGUGAGCCCAAUUCUGGUGCUACUGAAUAUUUUAACCAGGGGACUAGAUUAUGGAAAACAGUGAGUUUAUUAAGCGAUAGCCUAACAAAUGCCUGACUAUGUGUUUGUGAGCAUGUGGGUGUUUCUAGUGCCUGUUGGUGAGUAACAAUGCUACUCUUGGCAGUAGAAAUGUGAGCAGAAUCAAAUAGGACUAAUUUAGCCAAAUUUCUCUUCCCCUUUUCCUCCAUAAGGGAAUGGAAAUGUAAUACCAUGCAGUGAACCAGUUAGGCUGGUAACAUUAUGGAAUCCCUGUUGAAAUGCAAGCUGGGCUGGUGGAAAUUCAGCUCCCAUCUCCUCUCGUAAGCUGUUUGUCAAGGCAAAUCCCAUACGUUUUAAAAUCCUGACUUCCCAGGGCUAGAUGGGAAAAUAAGAAGUUUUGAAUCUCUCACCAGAACAUAUUAAACGGAUGUCUCCAUUUCCUUGGAAGACUGCUCUCCUUUUUCCCACUAGACUUUCAGAUUCAAAUUAGGAGUAUCAUGAAUCUGCAAGCCAGUGGCUGGGCACCUUGAAUUGAGUGCAAAAUAGUAUCGAUGCAGUUCUCAAUACAGCCUUCCUUGUGAUUAGACUAUUAGGUAGCUCAGAUCUCUUAGCCCUGCUAAUGUUCAGUAGAGUCCUGCCUAUAUUCUUCUGUUACAUAAGACAGGUGCUUUAAAAACUGAGACUUGGGAGAAGGAAGAAUGAGUUUCCUUUCAUUUGGCCUGUUUCUCUUUCCUUCCUUCAAGCAUUUGAUCAUCUUAUAGGCAAUAAUUACCAGGUCUCUUUACUAGUAAUCCAAUUCAGUGAACUUAUUAACCCAAACUCGACUCAGGGUAUGGAGAUUCUGAACCAGCCAAACCACUGGUUCUUGAACAAUUUUUGACAUAGCUCACUUAUUUGGGACAACAGACCCCAAGAUCCACCUACCCCAUUCAUUCCAUUUCUGGUGGGAAAAGAAUUUGGUGAUGACAAUGAAUUAGUUGUUGUUGUGGUUGUUAGGUGCCUUCGAGUCAGUUUCAGCUCAUGGUGACCCUAUAGGACAGAAUAGAACUGCCCCAUAGUGUUUCCAAGGAGCAGCUGGUGGAUUUGAACUGCCGACCUUUUGGUUAGCAGCCAAACUCUUAACCACUACACCACCAGGGCUCCAAAGAAUUAGAGAGGAACAAAAUAGCAACCAAAAUGGCCAACAUCAUAACAUUUACUCCUAAACAAGAAUAUCAAAAGCAUUAAAACAAUGAUAUCU